UGUGCGUGUGGCUCCUUCUAACGCCUUAUACUGCCCGCCUCCGAAGCUUUGUUUCCCAGAAUGAGUGAGAACGCCGACGUGACAAAGAUGGAAAGAUAAAAGCCACAAUUCGCAAGAUUUUAAAUUGAAAAAAGGUCACAGAGAGCAUCAACAAAAAGUUAACCCAGUUCUUUCUCAGAACUUAAUCAAUUGGAUGAUAAAGACCACUACUUCGAGAAUCGUUAGGACAAUGUCAUCAUUACCAAGUCAUAAUCCAUACUUCAAUGCCUCUGGAAAGGACAUCUGGAGUCUUAUCAAUGAGUCAGCUGCUCACGCAGCCACUCAAAGUGACCGCGAGAUUAUCAAUCUGGGUCAAGGAUUCUUCUCUUAUUCACCUCCUGACUUUGUCAUUCAGGCUGCCAAAGAUGCAUUGGAUGUGCCAUUAAACAACCAGUAUGCUCAUACCAGGGGUAAGCCAAGUUUGUUGAACGCCCUUGCCAAAACAUACAGUAAGCGCUAUGGAAGGGAAAUAAAGACAGAUGAGAUCCUUGUCACAACAGGUGCCAAUGAGGCAUUGUUAACCAUCCUUACUGGGUUUAUCGAAAAAGGAGAUGAGGUUAUUGUCUUCGAACCUUUCUUCGAUCAAUACAUUUCCAAUAUCGAGCUUCCAGGUGGAAAAGUUGUUUACGUGCCACUGCAUCCACCAAAGGAAAUUUCAGAGCGUAAUGUUAAGGGAUCUGAAUGGAGAGUCGAUUACGACGAGCUAGAAGCUGCUAUAACCGACAAGACUAAGUUUAUCCUUAUCAACACUCCCCAUAACCCAGUUGGAAAGAUCUUCAACAAAGAGGAACUUACCAAGAUUGGUGACCUGGCCGUUAAGCAUAAUCUUUUGAUUGUUUCCGAUGAAGUUUAUGAGAAUCUCUACUAUGGUGACGACUUCCCAAGAAUCGCUACUUUAUCACCUGCCUUUGCAGAAAGAACAUUCUCAAUAUUCUCUGCUGGUAAAUCAUUUGCUGCUACUGGUUGGAGAAUCGGUUGGGUUAUUGGUAAUGCAGAAUUGAUAAAGUAUGCUGCCUUAGCACAUACAAGAAUUUGUUUCUCUUCACCUGCUCCCCUUCAAGAAGCUGUUGCGACUGCUUUCGAUGAAGUGACCAAGAAUCAAUACUUUGAAAAAACUCGUUCUGAGUACAAGAAGAAGUAUGAGAUCUUUACCAAGGUUUGGGAAGAGUUGGGUCUUCCAUAUACUGUUGCAGAUGGUGCUUACUACUUGCUUGUUGAUUUCUCCAAGGUGAAGAUUCCAGAAGAUUAUGAAUUCCCAGCAGAAUUCAAGGCUCGUGCUAAGGACUUUAGAUUGGCCUACUGGUUAAUUAAUGAACUUGGUGUUGUUUCCAUUCCUCCAACUGAAUUCUACAUCAAGGAGCAUGAGCAUGUUGCUGAGAAUCUUCUUCGUUUCGCACUUUGUAAAGACAAUGACGUUUUAGAAAAGGCUGUUGUUAGACUUAGAGAGUUGAAGAAAUAUCUUUAAGUUACAGAAUUCAAUUUCUAUAUAGAUGAUACAUAUUAAAUGACAAUCGUCUGUCUUUGAAAUUAGAUUAUGUACUUUAACGUCUAUUCUUUUUGCUACUGAAAGUUGCAGUCUUUCCUUGGUGAGGUUUCGAUUGCUUCUUCGCCGGUCUUGGACCUUCAGAUUCUUUUGUGUAAGGAUCAAACUGAUUAGAGGAUCUCUUUUUAUCUUUCCUGUCUUUGCGAGAAGGUUCCUUGAUAAUUUUGUCUGCUUUUGAGUAAUCGAAAGCUUCUCCUCUCUGUUGUAUUCUUUUUACAACUUUGCUGAUUGGUUUCUUCUUCUCAUUCAG